CAGAUGGGGGCCUCCUCGUGCUCUCCUCGUGCUCUCCUCUGCGUGUGUGUUUACUCUACGCUGUCUCUGGUACCUCGCUCCGGCUACUCCAAUAGUAUAAAGGGAUAGAGGUGUGACUUACCUGUAGAAGACUCAUCAGGGACCCAGGACAGGAAUCGUCUUCACCUCAUCACAACUGAACAUCACAUCUGUCCGUCCUUGUACUUGUCCGUCGUCAUCAUCAUCCUUGUCCGUCAUCAUCACACACCUGGAUGUCGCCACCUAUACAUAACUUCACACCUGAGCGGCUACACGUCUACACAACUGACUACACGAUGGCCGGGCGUACGGGCUACACCUGCGUCAGACACACUCUCUGCGUCCUCAAUACUUUCAUGUGGAUUGUUGGCUGCUCAAUGCUCGGUGCAGGUAUAUGGCUUCGGUUAGCGUACGGUGGCUACGCCUCUCUUCUGCAUCAGUACUCCGCCAUCUCUGCUGAUUCCUUGUGUCUCGCUGCCGGCAUUAUUACCUUCGUCCUCGCUUUCUGUGGCUGCUGUGGUUCAUGGUUCCAGAGCCGAUGUUUGCUGAUAACAUAUUUUAGUCUGGUUGUUGUAGUUUUUACACUACAACUAGUCGCUGGCACACUCGCUUUUGCUUUUCGUGGAGAAGUGUCCGCUACUUUGGUUGGUGAACUGCAGGCCGGUAUCCGACGAUCUUUCAAUGAAUCUGCAGAGAAUGCUGUAGCCAUUACUUGGAAUCACCUUCAGAGUCAAUUCCAUUGUUGUGGGGUGGAGGGGCCUAGUGAUUGGUACAAAAUUGCCAUCUGGCCACAAGAAGAAUGGGUGCCACAUGCCUGUUGCAUUGCCAAGUACGUCGAUGAUCCAGAUUGUGGGAAGACUGAAGAAAAAGAUCACUGGUAUCAUGCUGGGUGUUACAUGCAGGUGAAGAUGUGGUUCAUUGAGCGACUUCACCUGGUAGGAGUAAUUGGCUUGAUCUUUGCAUUUGUACAGCUGUUUGGGAUGAUAGCCUCAAUGUUGCUAUUCUGCACCCUGGGACACAAACGAAGAUCCCAUACGUACAAGUCCUACCAUUCAGACACGUGACUACUACCAGAGUACAGGGUGUGAGGAGGUCCAGAACCGAGAGGGCCACAGUGAUUGCCUGGGUGGUAGAGGUGAAAACUGUAUCACAAAGGAGAAAUAGUGUAGAAAUGAGAGGAAAUCAAAGUUUAUUGUAAUUAUGAUGAAGAAAUGUAACCAUUAUUUCGUGUGUGUUUUCCUUUCAUGUUUCUCUGGUUGUUAUUACAUUUAGAGAUGUUUUGUCCAUCCCAUGUUACUGCUUUUUUUCUGCAACAGACAGAUAGACUGACACAGCACCCUGUACCUAGUAAUAAUCCUCUCAUUACUUGUUUUUAUUAAAAUUUCAAAUUUUAUCGAGCACGUGUCAUGUGAAUAUUGAUUUUGAUGUUUAUUUUACUCAGCCAAUAUGUCUAUGCAUGGAUCUUAAUGUUACACAAUAAGGGUAAACCACACAGGAGUUACCUUUACUGUAUACCCUGAUCUAUUUCUUUUGUUGAGACUAUUUUAUAUAUACUGUACAGUAUAUUAAAAAUACUGUUAGGGGAAGGGAAAAGUAUUAGUUCAACUUUAAACAUUGUUUUAACCAAUGUUGUUUCUGACAUCCAAUAUUUAAAGAAUGGUUUGGUGUAUUAAUUAAAUAACAUAUUAAUAAUGUCAUAUUUUAACAAUAAUAAUUAUUUUUAUUUUCCAUGUACUGUACCAUAUUAUAGUAACGCCCAUGAUCUUGAAAGCGAAAAGCACGAGCGUUGCUUACAAGAGCCAAGGAAAUCAUUUACUCGUUGACUAACCAUUGGGCGAUAGAAUUAAUAAUGGUACUGUACUGUACUCCACUCCAUAUUUGUUGUCACGAUGAUUCUGAAUAUUUAAAGUGGUUUUCAUAUUUAAAAUUUCUGGUGAAAGCUUCUGCAAAUUGGAACAAAUUGUUACGUAUUUAGAAUUUUUUUUAACAUAAAUGUCUUCUAGUUGUUUGCCUUUACCCACGGUUCAUGGUGAGGGAGAAUAAACUAGAAAAAUCGUAAACAUUAAUCAUCUGUUCAAUUAUUUCAACAUAUCAAACUAUCAUACGGAGAGGAUGAUGGGUCGUCAUUCUAAAAAGUGACAAUGGUAAAGUAUAAAUCAACAUGAAAACUUAUGGAUUGACGUGAGACCAAUCAGUUUAUGUAAGUUAGUCAUGGUAUUGUUUAAUAAUUAUAUACUAAAGUUAUGGUUCAUUCUCAUACUGUACUGUACGCCUCUUAUGUACUAGAACCAUGUACGGUACAUUUUUGUUCAGUAAACAUUAACUUAGUGCCUUAGAAAAUAAGAGUAUGUACCUGAAAAUCUGUAGAUAUUCAGUGAAAUGCGUUAGAGUGAUAGUAUGGACAAUUGGAUUAUUUUUUAUUUGGGUUUUGUAUGUACUGUACUUUUAUCCUGUACUGUAAGUACAGUACUUUACCAUGAAGCAUUCUCAUGUCUAACAGUAAUUAAACAUGCAUGAAUGUUCGUGGAAUAAUGUAAAACAAACAUCAAGGUGUCACUAAAACAUGAGGUGAUUCUAAAGACAUAUCAAAAGUGCAUUAAAACAAUUUCUUGUAAGGUUUAAUGCUUAUUCACAAGAAUUUGAUGGAGUUUAGUGGAAUUUUUUUUGACCUGCAGCCACUCUGCAGAGAAAUUAGAUACAAUGUAACAUUACUUUUAUAUCUAGUCUCACAGGCCUUGUCAGUAGUCAAGAUUUGGCCUUUAUCUAUUUUGAUCAUUCCUUAAUAGUCUUGAAAGUAGUGUAUCUUGGCAGACAAAAUAUUGCACACCAUCAACACUGCAACAUAUUUAGAAAAUUACUUGUGAAAAUUAUAAUAGUGCACAUACAUAAUAGGUAAAGAGCUUGUGCCUGCUAGAGAUUUAACAUUCAUUCCCGUUGUGUUGUGGACUUAACUACCUACUUCAUAAGCUAUAUUGUACUGGAAGGCCCUUACUGAUUUAAUUUGUAUUUGAGUGUCAUACAAGUCUAUUUAACUGUAUAUAGAGUUUACUUGACAUUACGAACUGACAAGAAAUACGUACAGUAGAUGGCUAUAAUUCCAAGCACGGGAAAAAUCUCCAUAAAAUAUGAACUGACUCUACUGUAUGAGUGUAUUUAGAAGUUAUUUUUAAUGGGUAUUACGGUGUAUAUCAGGUGUAGAGUUAUACGUACUUUUAGGUCUGUUUCUGUGUCAUUCAUUUACUACUAUUAUAACUCGUACUGGGAAAUUUAAAGGUUUAUAUCGUACAAAAGGUCUUCAUUGUCUUGUGUGAGGUUUGUCUCAUGUUCAGUCUUCAUCCUGAUUAUAAGGACCUUUGAUGAUAUUUUUAACUAUAAUCUGUGAUCAGAAAUUACUAAUAACUUCACUGUAUUAUGCAUGUCUCUCGAGUUCCAUUGCCCAGUUGGCUACACUCGGGACUCCCAGUCAAUGAGACACAGAUUCAUCCUAAGGGCUCAUGGGUCUGUUAUUUACUACAGUGUACAGUGUAGUAUUUAUGAGGUUAAGCAAUAAACAGGAUCCUAAAAAUCAAUAGGAUUAAAAGUUCCUUGCAAUGAUAUGAUCAGUCUUUACUGCUACUGUUAUUUAAGUUCCUAUUUAUUGCAUGUCCUAAAAUAUAAUGAUCAUUUAGGUUUAUCAAAUAAAAAAAAUGCCUCUGUACAAGUACCAAUAGUUUCUUGCGGGUAAUAAAACUUGUACGAACUCAUAUAUAUAUAUAUAUAUAUAUAUAUAUAUAUAUAUAUAUAUAUAUAUAUAUAUAUAUAUAUAUAUAUAUAUAUAUAUAUAUAUAUAUAUAUAUAUAUAUAUAUAUAUAUAUAUAUAUAUAAUACAAUGUACAUUCAUUAUAUUGUACUUGUGCCAAAUGAGGUUUAAAUAUUUGGAUCUGAGGUUCUAUUUGUAUAUUCGUUUUUAUUUUCAGAUGUUUAGUAUUUAUGUUUAUGCUUUUGUUUGUAUAUGUUGAGUGACAUGGUCUGUAUAUAGUGGAAUUAGUACAGCAUCUUCCAUUCCCACUCUGCAUUGUACUACUUUCACAUUGUUAAGUGAAAAUAUAUUGAAGAACUUGCUCAUUCCUUCAUUUCUGAAUACAGUACAAUAUCAGAAAUUCAAGAAUUUGUCACUAAUUUAUUGUCCACUAUGUCGAAUUAUAUGUAACUAUGGAGUCAGAAUUUAUAUCUUGAAAUAUUUUUGAUAUUGUCUCCAUCAACAACCAUUCCUGAGUAGAGAUAAAGACGAAGGUAGAAGUUGCAAAGCCUUAUAAACAAACUCAAUUCACCCAGACUAAUGAUAUAGUAAAAAAUUUAUACGUUGAUUUAAGAUUACAGUCGGCCAAAAGACGCAUCAGGGCUGAACUUUACCCUCGUGAUCCCGAACCAGAUGAGGAAAUUAGACCUCUUGUUAAAUUAAUGUACACAAACUCCAAAAAGUACCUUUACGGAGGGGUCCGAUGAGCUUCAAAAUGAACACAGUGACUCGCUUUGUCUCGGUUGGGUUGUCAAAAUCUUUCUUUAUCCAUUAUGUCAUAUCGUCUGACACAAAAUCGUAGAGAUAUUUUCUGGAGUGCAGGUAACUUGCAUUAAUUGGGUCUCAGAGUUUGUUUUAUUUUUUGUGUUAUAACAUGACUUGCUCAGGGGACAUAAUAAGACCAAUGUGUGUGAUCUAGUGUUUGUACUGUUUGGAUGAGGUAAAGCUUAGAUAACUCAUAUUUUUGUAAUGGUCUACGAAGAGGCUAUUUUAGGGAACUAUAUAAGCAAUUUGAUUAAAGUUUGUAAUGCUAA